AGGACUUACUUCCGAGGCAGACGCGGAAGUGCCGGGCGUCCCCGAUGCCGGUGCUCCGUUGUGGGGGUAUGUGACCCCGCUGUCCGCUUUGGGAACGUUCUGGAAAGAUGGAUUCCUAGAGGCCCGGUUCCGCCGGCCCAGACAACACGAAGCCGCGCCCCCGCCUGCUGCCAGGCCCGGGAACUGAUGCCGGCCGCGCCCUUGAGCCCCCGUAGCGGGGCCGCACCAUGAGCCUGCUGAGCGGCCUGGCCUCCUCGCCGCGGGCCCCGCCGCAGUCCAGCAGGGCCAGGAUGAAAAAGCUCCCGAAGAAGAGCCAGAACGAGAAGUACCGGCUCAAGUACCUGCGGCUGCGCAAAGCGGCCAAAGCCACGGUGUUUGAAAAUGCUGCUAUUUGUGAUGAAAUUGCUCGUCUUGAGGAAAAAUUUAUUAAAGCAAAAGAAGAAAGACGGUACUUGCUAAAGAAGCUCCUCCAGCUUCAGGCUCUAACUGAAGGGGAAGUACAGGCUGCAGCGCCUUCCCACAGCUCCACUUUGCCCCUGACUUACGGUGUGGCCAGUUCUGUGGGAACUGUACAGGGAGCUGGGCCCACUUCUGGGCCCAGCACUGGGGCUGAGGAACCAUUUGGGAAGAAAUCCAAGAAGGAGAAAAAAGAAAAAGGCAAAGAGAACAACAAACUGGAAGUUCUGAAGAAAACAUCCAAGAAAAAGAAAAUGGAGGGAGGUGCUCGCAAGCUGGUUCAGCCCAUUGCCCUGGAUCCCUCAGGACGGCCUGUGUUCCCCAUCGGACUGGGGGGUCUAACAGUAUAUAGCCUGGGGGAGAUCACCGACCGUCCUGGCUUCCAUGAUGCAAGUGCCAUCUACCCUGUGGGCUACUGCAGUACUCGGCUGUAUGCCAGCAUGACGUGCCCAAGCCAGAAGAGUCUGUAUACCUGUCAGAUCAAGGAUGGUGGUCUGCAUCCUCAGUUUGAAAUUGUUCCUGAGGAUGACCCCGAGAAUACCAUUGUGAGCUCCUCCGUAGACGCCUGUCAUGCAGAACUGCUCAAGACCAUAAGUGCUACUAUGGGAAAACAAAUGCCCAACCUCCUUCCAUCUGGAGCUGAUUUCUUUGGGUUUUCUCAUCCAGCCAUCCACAACCUGAUCCAGAGUUGUCCAGGAGCUCGAAAAUGUGUCAAUUACCAGUGGGUGAGAUUUGAUGUGUGCAAACCUGGAGAUGGGCAGCUACCCCAGGGACUGCCGGAGAACGAUGGAGCUAUAAGUUUUGAAGCCUUUCAGAGACAAACCUUUGAUGAAGAUCAUAAUGAUCCCGUUCCACAUGGAUCUUUGGAUCUCCCAGAGCUUCAGCCGGCAGCCUUUGUGUCUUCGUACCCGCCCAUGUUCUUGACGCACACACCCUUGGUAGGUUCUCACCUACGGCACCUGAGCUCUCCGUCACAGUGUAGCCCAACUCAGUCUUCAGAAUGAACAAGAAGGGGUCAGCACAUCGUUUUCAUCAUAAUGAAUUUUUUAACUUAAGCUAAAAACUUAGAAUAUAUGGAAGAAGGCAGCAGUUAAAGAGUGAAGAAGAAAAUUAAUUAACACAUUUUGUUAUGGAGGUUCCCAUGGUGACAGUUUUCCCUGGGAAAAACUUCAGCUGUUUUAUUUUUAGUAAUAAAGUUCUCUUGACAAUUCUGCUGA